GCGACCAGCUGCCCCGUGGCACCCCCCGUGGACGGGGCGGGGGGCGGCGGGGGCGACAAAAGCGCUAAGCCCAAGCGCCACCGCACGCGCUUUACGCCAGCGCAGCUCAACGAACUCGAGCGCAGCUUCGCCAAGACGCAUUACCCCGACAUAUUCAUGCGCGAGGAGCUCGCCAUGCGCAUCCAGCUCACCGAGUCACGUGUCCAGCCAAUCACCCGUUGCUCUGGCCAAUCACCCGUUGCUCUAGCCAAUCACCCGUUGNCGGAUGAACCCUCGGAUGAACCCUCGGAUGAACCCUCGGAUGAACCCUCGGAUGAACCCUCGGAUGAACCCUCGGAUGAACCCUCGGAUGAACCCUCGGAUGAACCCUCGGAUGAACCCUCGGAUGAACCCUCGGAUGAACCCUCGGAUGAACCCUCGGAUGAACCCUCGGAUGAACCCUCGGAUGAACCCUCGGAUGAACCCUCGGAUGAACCCUCGGAUGAACCCUCGGAUGAACCCUCGGAUGAACCCUUGGAUGAACCCUCGGAUGAACCCUCGGAUGAACCCUCGGAUGAACCCUUGGAUGAACCCUCAUAUAAACCCUCGGAUGAACCCUCUGCAGAAAUAACUAGCGAUGCACUUGCUGCCCUCAAUGGAGUCAUGCUGACACAGUUUACCCCGACAAAGUGCAAGCAACGUUUGCU